CUAUUCUUAGAUGCGAGGGUAGAGUGGUCCAUUCUUCAAGACUGAGUAACAUCCAUAGCUCACGAGAUAGGGCCUGAUCCACUCAAGAAUGCUGAACAACGCUGAGUGGAUCGCUUCUCGUGGAACAUUGAUCCUAACAGGAGGCCAACCAUCAACUUUUCUCCUUAUUCGUACUCGGCACCGUUAUUUACUUUGCUUGGCUGUCCUACCAGGAUCGUAUACAUAGACCUACUACAAAUCAUCCAUCCCCGUCUCUACUUCCAACUCCAACGCAGAAAAACAGAAUCCCCGUUCAUCUUGCCCUCGCCAUGAAGCCAAUCCUCGUCUUCCUAUCGUCUCGCCUCCCCCUCACACUCGCUGUCCCAACCACAGACUGCGCCUGCGCAAAACUCAAAUGCGGCGGCACCGCCGCACAGGUAAGCAUUCCUGCAACCCCCCCAGAAAUCCAAUCGCGAAUCCCUCUCCAACUAUCAUCCCACCAGAUCUGCCAAUGCCACAACUCCGCGCAGAUAGCGUGUGCCUCAAAAUGCGGCACCCCGCCCACCAUCGUCGUGAGUUUAUCCCACCGUCAGCCCUCGCCCCCCUUCCCCGUGAUCUGUGCCAGAUUCCGCUAUGCCACUCCCCCUUCGCGCACCUGCUCCAGCUAAUCCUCUGCAUCACGGCGGCGGUCCAGCCCUGUCCCAUCGACCCGCCUCCUCCGACGGUGGAGUCGCUUCCCGCGCCGCAGCCGUGCAAGUGCGAGCCCAUGGUCUGCGCGCAGUCCUGGCCAGAGGUGCGUUUCCCUUCUUCCCCCCCUCCCCCCCCCUCCCACACUCUCCCUGUUUUGCUCCGACCCGGUCCGAUCGCCCAAACCUAACCCACCCCGCGUCCUUGCAGUCCUGCCUCUGCGAAAACGCCAACGAGAUGGCU